CCGCGCGCAACCUAAUCAAAAUCAUUGAUCUAGAAACUUCCCUCUCUGCGAACGUCUAUCUGGGUGGCUAUACAACUCCAUUGGAAUUUCUCCCGGCAAUCUUCUUCCGCUUCUCGUCCAGUCCCAGUCUGAUCGCCGCCGCCGCCGUCGCCACCUAGUUCGCCGCCGUCGCAAAUCGCGACGUUCAUCACCUCGCAGGUCUGAAAAUUUGACAUUACCUUCUUACACCGCAUAUCUCACUGGGAUCGUGCUUCUUCCUCAUAGACAAUGGCUGGCAGAGUUAUUGUGAAUUUGAUUGUGAUGAGCUCCGGAGUGUUAGCAAGGGCCUUUGCUCAGGCAUAUCGUCAAGCGCUUCAAAAUGCUUCGAGGAACGGUGUUGCACAUGAAACAAUACAUAACAUGAAGAAAGUCAGUAAGACGAUGACCGAGUCUGAGGCUAGGCAGAUUCUUGGAGUUACUGAAAAUGCACCGUGGGAGGAGAUUCUAAAGAAAUACGAUUCCUUGUUUGAGAACAAUGCGAAGAAUGGCAGCUUCUACCUGCAAUCCAAGGUCUUCCGAGCUAAAGAACGCCUGGAAAGUGCAGCCAAGAAGGGCGCCGAAGGAAUAACUGGGCUGAACAUUUAA